AGGAUCUAAUUUUUUUAUCGCUCUUCUCCCCGAGUUCUCCAUCGUCCUCUUCUUCGUCUUCACCAACAGCUCCGGCUCGGGCGUCGGCGGCCAUGUCCUACGACUACCUCUUCAAGUACAUCAUCAUCGGCGACACUGGGGUGGGAAAAUCAUGCCUGCUGCUCCAGUUCACCGAUAAGCGAUUCCAGCCGGUGCACGACCUCACCAUUGGCGUCGAGUUUGGUGCUCGCAUGGUUAACAUCGAUGGCCGACCCAUCAAGCUCCAGAUUUGGGACACGGCUGGCCAAGAAUCCUUUAGAUCCAUCACUAGGUCCUAUUACAGGGGUGCAGCUGGAGCUCUUCUUGUUUAUGAUAUCACCAGGAGAGAAACAUUUAAUCACCUGGCAAACUGGCUUGAGGAUGCUCGACAGCAUGCAAACCCGAACAUGACAAUAAUGCUGAUUGGUAACAAGUGUGAUCUUGCUCACAGGAGAGCAGUUAGUAGAGAAGAAGGCGAACAGUUUGCAAAGGAUCAUGGUUUAAUAUUUUUAGAGGCCUCUGCUAAAACUGCCCAAAAUGUGGAGGAGGCUUUCAUAAGCACUUCUGCCAAAAUCCUUCAGAAGAUCCAAGAAGGUGUAUUUGAUGUAUCACAAGAGACAUCUGGUAUCAAGGUCGGCUAUAAUCGUUCUCAAGGUGCUACCAGCGCAAGAGAUGGAGCUGUUGUCCAAAGAGGAAGCUGCUGCAGCUGAAAAAAAAACAAAAGAUCGAAAUGCAGUAGUUCAUUACUAUGCACAACAGUGUUGGAAAAUUUGUUUGGUGAAGAACAAAAAAGUGUGCUUUGCUAGCACUGAAUUUGCAGAGUAGAAAUAUGGUUUGUAUAGUUCUAUACUUGGUUUAGAUGUAUCAAAACUUGUUUAACUUUUGGUUCACAUAUUAAAAGUGUUACUUUUAUCUUCA